GUCCGAAGUUUGAGCUAAUAUACCAAAUACUAAACAUUUUGCGAAUAUUUAAACCAAUUUAAACCCUACAAAUAUUAAAUAAAAUAAUGUCAGAAGAAGAAGUGAUCAAAAGAAGACUAGUAUUUGAUGGUGAUGGUACAGGGGAUGAUAGGCGAUUCAAUUUAAUGGUUAAAAUGACAACCAAAUUGUUCAACUCUGAUGACCAUGCAGAUGAUUACAUGCAAUAUGAUAAAAUUUUAGCUCAAUUGAGUUUGAUUGAACACUCUCGUAGGCGUUCAGAGUUGGUAACAAAAUCAAAUGAUGAACAGUUACUUAAAUAUCAGCAAUUAUACAGAGAAUAUGAGACAAAAAUUCAAAAUAUAAAGGAAGAAAUAGCUCAACAAAGAGAAGAACUCAAUAAAGCCAAAACAAUUAAACAAAACAGGAUUGAAUAUGAUCUCUUAGCUAAACAAAUAGCAGCCGAGCCUCCUAGAACAGAAAUGAACAAGCAAUUGUCUGCACUUCAAAAGCAUCUUAAGGAGUUGGGUGAUGAAAGAACCUUAUUGGUAAAUAAAUUAGACAAACGAAAAAAGCAAUUCAAUGUAUUAUCUACAUCAGCUAAUCAAUUGCAAGUUUGCUUAAAUGAUGAUACAGAGACUAUAGAAAUAAACAGCUCAUUGGAUGAUGUUAAUACUAACAGUCCAGAGCCAAUGUCUGAGUGAUUUCUUUUGAAUUAUUUUAUAUUUUUAGUAUUAAAAAAGAAACAAAAAAUUUAUACAAAUUUGGUUUUCAAUAAAUACAUAUUAGAAAAUAAA